CUUUGUGACUCAACCUUAAGCUUGUAACUGCUAGGUAAGAAUACUUUCCUAUAAAAUUUGGAGAGUCGUGAUUAUCUGUCUUCAAUUCGUUUUCAACCUCAUGAUCAGGGCAGUCUCCUUGACUAGGAAUUCUGCGUCGAGCUUGGGCCCUGCGAUUGCUUUUCAUUCCCAACUUCAAAGGUGCUCGAGAGCCUUGCAAUUUAUACCAAACCCCAACGCUUGUCAAAGACUUCCAGUCGCGAACUCCUAUCUGCGAAACUUCACUACAUCUAAACCUAACUCAUAUGAUCCCCAGAUUCCCGUGAAUCGCAAAAAGUUAAAGAUGACGACAACUGCUACUACCCUCAAGGGGCAGCCCCUUGAUCGUCCCUCUCUAGACUCCAUGCUUCGAAGACGAAUGUUCUAUACCCCCGCCUUUGAAAUAUACGGAGGUGUUGCUGGUCUUUAUGAUUACGGUCCGCCUGGCUGCAGUCUCCAGGCGAACAUUAUUGAUGUGUGGCGCAAACACUUCGUGUUAGAGGAAGACAUGCUGGAAAUUGACUGUUCCGUUCUGACUCCCCACGAAGUUUUGAAGACGAGCGGCCACGUGGAUAAAUUCGCCGACUGGAUGUGCAAAGACCCCAAGAACGGCGAGAUCAUUCGUGCGGAUCACUUCGUCGAGGAGAUAUUGGAAAGUCGCUUGAAGGGCGACAAGGAGGCACGCGGCCAGAAGGUUGAAGAGAAGGAAGAAGACCCUAAGAAAAAGAAACGAAAGGUCAAGGGUGCGCAAGAGGCCAUUAAACUUGACGAUGCUGUUGUGAAGGAGUACGAAGAAGUCUUGGCCAGGAUCGACAACUACAAUGGCGAAGAGCUCGGAGAGUUAAUCAAGAAAUACGACCUCAAAAAUCCAGCUUCUGGCGUGCAACCACUGCCUCCUGUUGCCUUCAAUCUGAUGUUCCAGACAGCCAUCGGUCCCAGCGGCAAUCUUGCCGGGUACUUGAGACCAGAAACCGCACAGGGUCAGUUCUUGAACUUUUCCAAACUUCUGGAGUUCAACCAGGGUCAAAUGCCGUUCGCUUCGGCAUCUAUCGGCCGAUCCUACAGAAACGAGAUCUCUCCUCGAGCCGGCCUGCUGCGAGUGCGUGAGUUCUUGAUGGCGGAAAUCGAACAUUUCGUGGAUCCCCAGGGCGGGAAGAAACACCCGCGAUUUGAGGAAGUCAAGGAUAUCGAGUUGGUACUUCUGAACCGGGAAACCCAGCUUGCUGGUCAAACGAAGGUCGAGAAGGUAUCCAUCGGCCAGGCCGUGGCCAACAAGACAGUUGAUAACGAGACUUUGGGCUAUUUCCUAGCUCGAAUUCAUCUAUUCCUCAAGAAAAUUGGUGUUGACCAAUCUAAGAUCCGCUUCAGACAACAUAUGGCGAAUGAAAUGGCUCACUAUGCUGCUGAUUGCUGGGAUGCUGAACUUCUCACCUCUUACGGCUGGGUUGAAUGUGUCGGCUGCGCAGAUCGUAGUGCUUACGAUCUGAGUGUCCACGCAAAGAAGACUGGCGCGCCUCUCAUUGUUCGCCAGCAACGAGCCGAGCCUCUAGUUGUCAAUGAAUGGGAGAUUGACUUGAACAAGAAGAAGUUCGGCCCGCAUUUCAAGAAAGACGGCAAGACCGUUGAGGCUGCUGUUCUAGCUACUACUCAAGACCAAAGAGAAGCUCUAGCAAAAGACCUGAACGAGAAGGGCAGCAUUACACUUGAAGUUGCUGGUGUUGGUGACGGAAAGGCUGAGAUCCCUAAAGAUCUUAUUGUCAUCGAGCGACGAACGAGAACCGAGCACGUUAGGGAGUACACACCCAACGUCAUUGAGCCAUCGUUCGGUAUUGGUAGAAUACUCUACGCACUCAUGGAGCACAACUUCUGGACACGUGCUAGCGAGGGUGGCGACGAAGCUCGCGGCGUCCUCUCAUUCCCACCGACGGUAGCCCCUACAAAGGUGCUUAUCGUCCCUCUAUCAUCUAACGAGAAGUUCAGACCGAUUUGCUACAAGAUCUCCCAGAAGCUCAGGAAAAUCGGAAUCUCUAACAGGAUCGACGACUCGUCCGCGACAAUUGGAAAGAGAUACAGCCGCAACGAUGAACUGGGCACGCCGCUUGGUAUUACGGUUGAUUUCCAAACUAUUCAAGACAGCACUAUCACACUUCGAGAUCGAGACUCAACUAAGCAAGUCCGUGCGGAUGAAGACAAGAUCAUUACCGCAAUCCAGUCUGUAGUAGACGGUUACAAACAGUGGGCGGACGUCGAAGCCGAAUUGCCGGCAUUUGAAGGACAGGAGGUUGAGGUCGCUGUUCGUUGAUCCCGGAUAUAAUGCGUUAGUUUACUCCAUAACGUCAAGCAUCGGAGGGGCAGAACGGCCUGGAGGCCUCAUUGGCAGACUAGGGGCAAGAGGUCGGAUAGACAGAUUAUAUAGAUCUGAUUAAAAGCUUGUUCAUGUGUUGGCCCUCAUUUUCAGAUGUAGUUUCAAGUG